ACUCUAGUGGCGUUGCAAACGGAAAUGUAGCAACACACCUUGUUUAUGUUUAGGUUUCCAUUGCUAGGUUAGAUACAAAAUUGUGUUGAGCAAAGUUUUGUUACAAUUUUAAUUUAAAACCAGCUUUCACUCCCGUGUUUUUGAGGCUCAAUACAAUGGAUAAUCCAGCUGGGCCUUCCACGGCCCGAGGUAAUCGUGGAGCAGGUGGUUCUCGUGGAACCCGGCGUCCGUUUCGCGGCCGUGGGUUCUGGCGACCAUACAGCUUUCGUGGAGGAAAUCAUGGUCCCCCUCGUGAGAAACCUGUCGGCUACGGGAUUCCGUCGAUGUCAACAACGAUGGGCGGUACUGAGGGAGCCGAUGAGCAUACGGUUAGCAUAUCUCAAGCCAAGCCGCUGUUUUCGAUUAUGUUGGAGAAUGAAACCUGCGAGUAUUCAGGAUGGAAAUUGUAUCUGCCACAAGAAGACUAUUGCAAAGGCUCAAGCACAUUGAAAAAAAUACAAGCAAUGGAACAGCAUUACGCUAAACAUUCUAAGCAGUACGACUUACGCUCAAUUCAUGAUGAUUUUUGGUUCGAGUUAGACAUUACGGUGGUAGAAGCGGAUGCUGACGCUAUGCGAAAUUGGCCAAGCUUUCGGCAAGACAUCGCUCACAAUCCUGACCAAACUCUUGCAAUUUGCGGUCUAGCAAUGUACCAGAAUGUUAUAAAAUAUUUAAAACGAGAAGGAUCGCAGUCACAGGAAGAAUCCACUGCAGGAAACAAGCUUUUACUACAACCAAUUCGUCCACGUAUACUUGGUCACGGGCCGGAAGUACAUUUGCGUCACAUGAAGGUGAACAAUUUCGGGAAACUGGUGGCCAUUCGUGGAACUAUUAUUCGAUCUGGUAGUUCGCAGAUAAUCAAUACGUGGAUGGCUUUCCGUUGCUCCCUUUGCCAGGGGCAACAAGUCAUUCGCCAGACCGAUGGUAUUUUUGUGGUGCCAGCUUCUUGCCGCGAGGGUUGCAAAGCUCGCAGCAAUUUUGUUCCAUUGCGAUCAUCGCCUUUCACCCGAACCGAACCGAUCCAAUCGGUUCGACUGCAGGAAUCAAUGCUGGGAGCUCGCGCAGAACAUGGUCAAGUGCCAAGAAGUAUCGAAGUAGAGUUGACUCAUGAAAUGGUUGAUUUCGUGUGUCCGGGUGACGACGUUACGAUCACCGGAAUUCUUAAGGGUCGUCCGCAAGAGGAAAAUAGCGCCAAAGCUAAAAAUACAGCCAGCAUGUACAAGAUGUACUUGCACGCGGUUGCAGUUCGUAGUAACAAAAAUACUAUAACUAGUUGGCACAAAGCAGGGGAUUUUAGUGACCGGGAUAUGGAAGCCAUCCGGACUAUUCGCGCUGAGCCUUGUCCUUUUCGUUUGUUGGUACACUCGUUAUGUCCAACGAUUUAUGGUCACGAAAUGAUUAAGGCGGGAUUGCUGCUUGGUUUAUUCGGAGGUUCGACCGGUGCCGGAAAGCGACGAUCUGAGAUCCAUGUUUUGGUGGUUGGUGAUCCUGGCAUUGGUAAAAGUCAAAUUCUGCAGUCUUGUGCCGAUGUAUCACCGCGAGGUAUUUUUGUUUGUGGAAACAGUACUUCCAACGCUGGUUUAACGGUUUCGGUUCGUAUGGAAAAAGGAUCCGGAGGAUCUUUGGAAGCUGGUGCUCUUGUGUUGGCCGACCAGGGCGUCUGUUGCAUUGAUGAGUUUGAUAAAAUGGCCGGUAAUCAUCAGUCUCUGUUGGAAGCGAUGGAGCAACAGGUAGUGAGCGUGGCUAAAGCUGGUGUCAUUUGUUCGCUGCCGGCACGAACGUGUAUUUUAGCGGCUGCCAAUCCCGCCGGAGGUCACUAUGACAAGUCUAAAACGGUGACCGAGAAUCUCAAAAUGAAACCCGCUCUUCUGUCGCGAUUCGAUUUGGUUUUUAUUCAACUGGAUCGACAUGACGCUCAAUUGGACAAUCUUGUGGCUGCCAACAUUCAUCGACUGCACGGUGUUAAAGGCGGUCAAGCUCCGCAAGCAGCGGCUUUUCAGGCCAUUCUAACCGGUAUGAGCGGCAUUCAAUCACAGGAACCAACCGCAGAAGCCACGCUGCAGGUACGGCUCAAGCUUCGUAGUGGUGAAAAAAUGGAUCUGCUGCCUCCGGAGUUGCAGCAGAAAUAUAUUGCUUACGCGCGCAAAAACAUAAACCCCAAACUUACAGAGGAAGCGGCACUCGCUAUUCGUGAUUUUUACGACGAGUUGCGUCGUGCCCAGGAUGGUAUGAACUCGCUUCCGGUGACAACGCGACAGCUGGAGGCACUGAUUCGGCUUACACAAGCACGGGCUAGAAUUGAUCUGGAACCAGAGGCUACCCUCGAACACGCGAAGGAUGUGAUGGAUAUUCUGCGUUUCAGUAUGCUUGACGUCUUUACCAACGACAUUGGGGAUUUGCAGCCCAGCCGGCUAAUGAACGGUACUGGAACCAGCCAGGCCACUAUGGUCAAGAAGUUCGUACAGUUGUUGCAUAGCAAAUCACGAGCACAGGGAAAAACUAUUUUUUCGCUUGCCGAAUUAAGAGAUAUGGCUGGAGGAACAGGUACAGAAUUCAACCGUAUUUUAGAUGCGCUCAAUUUGCAAGGGUUUCUGCUGAAGAAAGGUAAGGACUUGUAUAAAUUUAUGACAGAAUGAAUUCGAGAAGAGUUCUGCUAAGAGACAUCUAAGUACUUCGUACUUAGAUGGUAAUAUUUUCGUUAAGGAUGACUACGAAUCUUUCAAUAAAAAAUGAAAACGAUUAUCCGCAGAAGUUAUUAAAUUUUUUUGUUACCUUCACAAUUGUAAAAAAAAAAUCUGCGCUGUUUUUUGAGGCUGUAAAUUGUUUAAGGUGUUGAACACUUCAAGCGAUUAAAUAAAAAAGGCCCUAAAAAUAACGAAUAAUUCGGAUACAAAAACAAUCAUGCAUUUAGUAGUAUAAAAAUAUCUCUUAUUUACAAAAAAAUAAAUCAAA